AUGUCUGCUGCCAACGGAAUCAACGGCCCUGGCCGCCACUACAACGAGGGCACUUUCCUCUAUACCUCUGAGUCCGUCGGUGAGGGUCACCCCGACAAGAUCGCCGAUCAGGUUUCCGAUGCCAUCCUCGAUGCCUGCUUGGCUGAGGACCCCCUGUCCAAGGUCGCUUGCGAGACUGCCACCAAGACCGGCAUGAUCAUGGUCUUUGGUGAGAUCACCACAAAGGCCCGGGUCGACUACCAGAAGGUCAUCCGCAAGGUCAUCCAGGACAUCGGCUAUGAUGACUCCUCCAAGGGCUUUGACUACAAAACUAUCAGCGUCCUCGUCGGCGUCGAGGAGCAGUCGCCCGACAUCGCACAGGGUCUCAAUUACGACCUGGCACUUGACCAGCUCGGUGCUGGUGACCAGGGCAUCAUGUUCGGCUACGCCACCGACGAGACCCCUGAGCUCUUCCCUCUCACCCUCCUCUUAUCGCACAGACUCAACGCUGCCAUGGCUGCUGCCCGCCGCGACGGCUCCCUCCCCUGGCUCCGCCCCGACACCAAGACUCAGGUCACAAUUGAGUACAAGCACGACAAUGGCGCUGUGGUCCCUCUGAGAGUUGCUUGUCUCGUCAUCUCCGCUCAGCACUCGGCGACGAUUGAUACGGAGCAACUCCGCAAGGAAAUCAUGGAGAAGAUCGUCAAGAAGGUCAUCCCCGAGAAGUACCUCGACGCCCAGACGAGGUACCUUAUCCAGCCCUCCGGCCGCUUCGUCAUCGGUGGUCCCCAGGGCGACGCCGGCAUCACCGGCCGUAAGAUCAUUGUCGACACGUACGGUGGCUGGGGUGGCCACGGUGGUGGUGCUUUCUCCGGCAAGGACUUUUCCAAGGUCGACCGUUCUGCUGCCUACGUCGGCCGCUGGAUCGCCAAGUCCCUCGUCGCUGCCGGCCUCGCCCGCCGUGCGCUCGUUCAGCUCUCCUACGCCAUUGGUGUUGCUGAGCCCCUCUCCAUCUACGUCGACACCUACGGCAGCUCUGACAAGACCUCCGACGAGCUCGUCCAGAUCAUCCGCAGCAACUUUGACCUCCGCCCCGGUGUUGUUGUCCGCGAGCUUGGCCUGGACCGCCCCAUCUACCUCCAGACCGCCAAGAACGGCCACUUCGGUAGCAACCAGACCUUCACCUGGGAGCAGCCUAAGGCCCUCAAGUUCUAA